UUAGCAUUCUCCACCAUGAAGGGGACACUUCUUCUGCUGGCCUUGCUGGUGAUUGGAGAGCUGGGCUUCCAGACAACGGAAGCAUGCCUUUCUUUCUCCAGAACCUAUGGAGCAAUACUUACUCUACGUAAGAACUUCCUGCAUGCUGACCUUUCACAGUUUCAUGCUACUGUAGAUGAAAGGCUGUCCUUUGAAAAACUCCAGGACUGCUUUCGUGAGGAAGGAGUAAAAACUAUAACUCUGAAUCCCCAAAUUCUGUUAUCUCUAUACUUAAGCCCAGAAUGCAAGAAAUACUAUGGCAAUGACUCCGUAAAGAAAAUUCAAGAUUUUCUAAACCAGUCAAAUAUCCAUUAGAAGUUAAUGGUUUAUAGCCAACUCAUCUUUGCAACGUGUCCGAUCCAAGUGCCAUCUUGCUUACCUGUCCUCUUUCUCUCCUGAAGUUGGAUUCCUGACAACUGUGCCCUCAUCCUGCAGUCUCUUAGGCUGAUUCUAAUAAAUGCCUGCAGCUCU